AUGCUGCUCGACGCAGACCAGCGCUCGGCCAUGGACUGGACCGUGGGCGUGACCGCGUCCAUCUCGGUGCUCGGCUGUGUCUUUGUGCUCGUGCGCCACUACGGCCGCGUCGUCGCCCGCGAAAAGAUGGACUACUCGACGACGCUGGUGGUGGCCAUGUCGGCCAUGGACCUCGCGGUUGCCGUCGCCAAGCUGCCCGAGAUGACGCUCGUCCCCAACAAAGUGGCGUGUGACAUCCAAGCCUUCCUCAUUGACUGCGGGAACAUGCAGGCCUGGGUCUGCUCGUCGUGCAUGGCCUUCAACCUCUACCGGUGGUGUGUCAAGCGCGACUCGGACGAGAAGCUCCGCAGCCGCCACAAGUGGUACCUUGCCAUCUCCAUUGUCCCCGCGACCGCCAUGUCGGUGUGGCAUUGGUGCAGUGGCGCGUACGGCGGCGCUGACUUUUACUGCUGGCUCUCGAGCGAGACCAAGCAGGGACGGCUCGCCAAGAUGGAGCACUUCUUCCCGCUCCUGCUCGUCUGCGCCGUUUUCAACGCGCUCGUGAUUGGCAUCGUGUGGCACAACACGUGGAAGUGGGCGCAAAAGGAGACAUCGGACGUCGCGUCGACUUCGUACUCGAUAUUGCAAAAGCAAUUUUUGCUCUACCUCGUCUGCUCCGUGGUGCUGCUCCUUCCGAGUCUCGUCUUUCGAGGCAUCCAGGCCCACGACGACAGCCGGAUUCAUUUUCCACUCGUGCUGCUCGCGCAACUGACCAUCAACCUCCAAGGGUUCAUCAACGCUGUCUUGUACGGCGGCAUCUUUCACGACUGCCCGAUCGCUGUCAUCGCGCUCGCUUGCUGCGGCGUCAAGUUGGGCUGUGACAAGAAGGACGCGCCGUCCGAAGCCAACGAGCUUUCCUUGAGCCAGUAUGAGCUCCAGCGCGCCAUGAUCUUUGCGACCACGUUCAACUGCGGCGAAGCCGGUGUGCCCAAGAACCUCGACGACUGGAUUCCGCUGGGACACGAUAUCUACGUUAUCGGGCUCCAAGAAUGUCUCUACUUGGACGACUACCGCGCGGCGAUCCACGCCCACUUGGAGCACCAAGGCUUUCCGCGCAAGCAGCGGUCCUUCACGGCCUACUCGCGUGAGAUUGGGAGCCGCAACACGGCGCUUGGCUUCCAUGGCUUCAUCGCCAUCACGGUCUUUGUCGCGACCGACGACGUGAGCUCGCGGGUGUUUGAAAUGCACUUGGACGCCUCGGCCAAGGUCAACUGCGGCAAGUCACUUCUCGUGGGCCGUGCGUCCAACAAGGGUGCGGUCGGCUUUAUGUUUCGGUACUACAACUCGACGUUCGCCGUCAUCAACUGCCACCUCGCGUCCGACUCGAAAACGAGCAAGCUCGAGAAGCGCAACAUCGACACGAGCCAUGUGCUCAACAACAUGGUACUCUCGGCGACGCACUCGGGGUUCGAUGUGCCCAUCAUGGCCCACCACACGAUCGUCAUGGGCGACCUCAACUACCGGCUCACGUACCAGAAGGCGUCGGCGCGGCAUGUGCUCGACCUCCUCGCGUCGGUGCUGCUCCACGUCAAGAACGCCGCGCUCUCGUUCUCGGUGCAGAGCCAAAUCGAGCGGUUCCAUUCCAUGUCGUCGUCGGCGUACUCGCUCGUGACGUCGCCGACGCCGCAGCCGCCGCUUCUGCUCCAAGACGACGAACACUCGAGCGUGGCGACGCUCGACAGCAGCAUUACGCGCGAGAACGCGUGGAUGGCGCUCCUCCCGCACGACGAACUGCGGCUCUGCAUGCAGCAGUCCAAGAUUUUCCAUGAUUUUGAAGAAGCGCCGAUCGCAUUUGCACCGACGUACCGCCGGCAACGCGGCACGCGCAUCGACCUCGAGCUCGACACGACGUCGUCGCAGCUCGAGACAGUGUUUUCACUGCACGCCGGUGCGGCCGAGCGCGUCCCGUCCUACACGGACCGCGUUCUCUUCCACUCGCUGCCCGACUUGCGCGAGCGGCUCACGCCCGUCGCGUACAACAGCUGCGAGCACAUAACAGUCUCGGACCACAAGCCCGUGAGCUGUCUCUUUGAGGCGUAUGUGGAGCAGGGCAGUCGCUGCCUCGACACGAAUCUCAAGGCGCAGAAACGUUGUACGGUGACGCUGAGCCACAUUGAGAUCACGUGGUCCGGCCAAAAUGACACGGACGUCGAGCGGGAUACGUUCAAGGAAGAUACGGCGCCCAAGACGGACCAGUCGUCGGCGCGCAGUGGCACAACUGACUCGGCCAUUGUCAUUGACGACGCGGUGGAGGCGCGGGUGCUUUUCCCACUGCCGUGCGAAGACGACUAUCUGCACCAGCGACUGUUGGAAGAGAUGGCGGGGCGGCUACAGACUCGACGCGACAUGAGCUUGUACUCGAACACCAAGACGGUGAGUCUGCACCGCCUGCAGCUCAAGGGCAUUGCGCAGACGACCAACACCCACCCGCGGCCGCACAUGCACGUGGCGCUGCACAUUGGCAAGCCCGACAAGGCGAUCGGGCAGUGCGUCAUCUCACUGUCCCAAGCGUACGCGCACCACGGGUCCAGCGUUCCGUUCGGCGCGACGCUGGCGGUCGGGGGUCGGCGCACCGGGGAUAUCACCGGCCUCGUCACGCUCCGCAUCCGCUAG